AUGUACAUAAACUUGACGUUGAGGUUGAAACGAAUGGUGUUCACAGUGUUAAUAUUUGUUGGAAAUAGGCCAGCGGCUUACCAAACGGGCGCUGGCAAACAAUUUGUUUUUAUGACUGGAAAUAUUAACAAUAAAAUAAAAUCAGAGAACGGCGGCGGUGGUGCUGGUGGACUGUGGAUGGCAGGAGUUGUUGGUGGUGGGGCGCUGGCGGUGGUCGCCACUGCGCUUGCCGUCUGCUGCUACUGCCGUCGCCGUGCGCCUUCCAGACGCACACAUCUACACUUGCAGCAAAUGGCGUGCAGCAACGGCGCCGGAUCCGUCGGUAAGCCGGCGGGCGGUGAGUCGCCGGCGGCGGGCGUUACGCGGCUGCCGGGAAACUGGGCGCUCCCUGCGGGCCCGCGCGGGUACAACGCGGCGCGCCCGGGCCGCCUGCGGGAGCGGGCGCAGCGCUGA